CCGCCACGGUGACGUCACUCUGAGUAGUGUAGUGCAGUGAGAAGGAGCGAAGCCAGCUCCAUCCGCGUUACAUGGCCCGAGUGAACGAAGCGAGUGCGUUUAAGACGUACAUAUACAAGCGUGCAUCGUAGCGAUCGACUUGCACUAAUAAUACGAUUAAUUUUCUCGAUCAAUGCAUGUUAUGUGACACGACGAGUUGUGUACGAACGCGAGAAAAAAGAUAGAGGAAACCGCGCCUCGCUUUUACUAACGAAAUAUAUCCGACGUGUUAUACCAUUAACGAGAUACCAAGCGGUGAUGAUACAGUGAUGUGAAAGAAGCGACUACGCGCGUUAGUGAAGUCAUAGAAAAGAAAUCAAAGUAAAAGGAAAGAGGAAAAGGAAUAUAGUGUGUCGUGCGUAAGGUGGAAAACAAAGAGUUGCACGUUCUAAUAUUUGCCAGGAAGAAAACAUCAACGGUUCCAUCCGUUGGUGGAUCGAUUGUUUUCUUUUUUUUUUUUUUUUUUCAAGUGGGGUUUUACGCGAGAGUUUGAAAGCGUAUCCGGAAAGGCUCUGUUUGUUGAUCGGUGCACGAUAUCAAGAAAACGGCAGUCGUUGAAAAUCAUCAAGGCAGAUCGACGCGAGUGUAAUAAUGCUUGGCAAAUAUGCGCUGGGAUGUAUCGCCCGCGCAUUGUGCCCGGUGUGCUUAGUGUGACGUGUGAUUAACCGCCUUUCUUCAUACGCGAUUCAGUGGUAUACGAUGUGGUGUUCGGCGACGGUUCUGAUUCUUCUAACCGUUGCCAUCAGUGGUGUCCACUAUCGAGGCUCUUACUCCAAUUCUUCGUGGUCGUCGUGGUUGUUGUCGUCGCCGUCGUCGUGGUUGUUGUUGUCACUGUCAUCGUCGUCGUCGUUGUCAUCGUCAUCAUCGUUGUCGUGGUUGUCGGCGUCGUUGUCGUGGUUGUCGUCAGCGUACGUAGCGACGCAAAAAUUUGAUCGCGAAAUCUCCGUAGCCACCCUGUUUUGUUGGCCGAUCGUUCUACGGCGCUGCCCUGACGACAGCACUCAUCGUGCUUGGGGUCACCACCUUCCGGCUAGUGACUAGUGAUAAUCUGUUUGUUGCCAGUGAUUAAAUUGGGAGUGUCGAAGUGGGAGGAAGCUCCUUCCUUCGUCGUGGAAUACGCGUAACGUAACGGUUUCUUUGCUUCUUGUCGCGUGUGUGUCGCGAGCUAUACGAGCUACAGAAAGUUUUUUCUUCUCGAUCCAAAUAAAAAAAAUUGUGCCGUCAAAUCCGAAUCGAUCAUUUACUUAUUGAUUUCGUGGCGAAACGAGCAAACAACGAUUCGAAAAGAAAGUCGGCAAAGAGAAAAAGAGAGGUUUCCUUUGGCCGACCUGGUGGCGGUAUUGAAUAUCGGUGGUGUGUGGUGAGAGUGUGCUGUGAUUAGCGUCGGGCGAAGUUGUGUGUCGUUGUACAGUGCCGCCAAACGAUACCACAACAUCCGAUCCCAAAUGAAGAGUUCGGAGCAAAAUGGUUAGAGAGACACGUCACCUGUGGGUUGGAAAUCUGCCGGAAAACAUCCGAGAGGAUCGCAUACGAGAGCAUUUCAAACGGUAUGGACGCGUGCAGAGCGUCAAGCUGCUGCCGCGGGGCGAAGAGUGCCCUGUGGAUGGAGGUUCCGGUGGUUCCCUCGGAGAAGGUAACGAGGGUGGUUCCGGUUCCAGCUCUGGGAGCGGUGGUAGUGGCGCGGGCAACGGUACCUCAGGCAACACCGGGGGUGCCUCCGCGACGGUGGCGUUCAUGGAUAUCAAGUCCGCAGCGAAGGCCCACGCGACUGAACAUACCUUGGACGAACGAGCCCUUACCACACAAUACUACGAACCACAGCAUCUUCAGCACAGGUUUCCCUCGCACGGAAGUUCGGAGGAUCACGGAUCCGGCGGGGGUAGUGGCGGAGCAGUCAGCGGAGUGGUCGGCAGUGGCGUCGCCGGUUCCGGCAUCGUCAGCGGCAGCGUCGGCAGCGGAGUCAGCGGCGGCGGCGGCGGUGGCGGUAGCGGCAGCUGCGGCAGCGGAGGAUCCGCUAAUGGAGGUGGCGGCGUCGGAAGCGGAAUCAGCAGUAGCGGCGGCGGCAACGGCAGCGGCGGCAGCGGCGGCAGCGGUGGCGGUGGCAGCAGUGGCGGUGGCAGUGGCGGCGUUAACGAUAGAGAAAGGGACCGAGAGAGGGAGAGGGAGAGGGAGAGGGAAAGGGAGAGGGAGAGGGACCGAGAACGAGACAGAGAUCGUGACAGGGACCGGGAUAGAGACCGGGAGAGAGAGAGGGAGAGGGAGAGGGACCGAGAGAGGGAGCGUGAGAGGGACCGAGAGCGAGAGAGAGGCGGCGAGGGGUUCGAGUCACGUGGCUCCCACGGCAGUUUCUACAGCAGCGAACGAAGCAGUCGAGGGGUCGGUUCCGGGGGUGGUGUCGGCAGCGUCGGCGGCGGCGGCGGCGGCGGCGGUGGCAUCGUCGUCGGCGGCCAUCCGGCGGAUCCUACUCCCGGUGAUCCUGGCGGCUACAUACCCCGCGGCCGUCCACCUCCUGCCAGCUCUUAUCACGUGACAUCGACCAGGGCGAGGGAUCGGCUCUACUCGAGAACCGGCCCGUACGCCUCCGGGCCGCCGCCCCCGCCCCACUUAGAUCGUCAUCGUGCUGGCCUGCCACCGUCCUCUUGGUCGGCCUACGAGUCGACGACCUCGAGGUACGGCAACGCACCGCCGCCACCCUCGCCUGCCAACAACGACGCCUACCAGGACGAGCAAGAUUACAUUCGUCGUGUUGUUCCACUAGGCGGCGGUGGAGGCGGCGGCAGUAGUAGCAGCGGUGCGCUACGACAGCACAAAAAACAGCGUAGAAAAUCGCGAAGCGGAAGCAGUUCUCCGAGUGGUAGUAGCCGCUCCGGUAGUAGCAGCAGCAGCCGCAGCGGUAGUUCCGCCGGCAGUACUUCCGGGGGCAGUACGUCGCCCGGUAGUUCGCCGCAUCGUACCGGAAAUGCCGCCGUCACCGAGGACCGCCGGCCGCUCGCUAUCCGCGUGCGUAAUUUGCCGGCACGCAGCAGCGACACAUCCCUCAAGGACGGUCUCUUCCACGAGUACAAAAAACACGGCAAAGUGACGUGGGUGAAGGUCGUGGGGGCGGCCGGCGAGCGAUACGCCCUGGUCUGCUUCAAGAAGCCCGAGGACGUGGAAAAGGCGCUCGAGGUGUCUCACGACAAACUGUUUUUUGGAUGCAAGAUCGAGGUCGCACCUUACCAGGGUUACGAUGUCGAGGACAACGAGUUCAGGCCGUACGAGGCCGAGGUCGACGAGUAUCAUCCGAAGGCGACGCGGACGCUCUUCAUCGGCAACCUCGAGAAGGACGUUACCGCGUCCGAACUUAGGAAGCAUUUCGAACCUUUCGGCGAGAUAAUAGAGAUAGAUAUUAAGAAACAAGGCGCGGUAUCUAGCUAUGCCUUCUGCCAAUAUUCCGACAUUGGUAGCGUCGUUAAAGCUAUGCGAUCGAUGGAUGGCGAACACCUGGGUGCGAAUCGAAUAAAACUCGGAUUUGGAAAGUCGAUGCCUACGUCCUGCGUAUGGGUCGAUGGUAUCGGAGAUUGUAUAUCAGAAAAAUACCUGAACAUGCAAUUCCAUCAAUUCGGACCGAUAAACCAGGUGGUCGUGGAUCGCGAACGCGGACACGCUUUGGUCUUCUUCGAGCAGAUCAGCUGCGCACAAGCCGCCGUGAAGGAAAUGCGAGGAGCCGCUCUUCGUGGACGCCGGCUUCAAGUUGACUUCGCCUCCAGAGAGUGCCAGGAAACGUUUUACGAGCAUCUGGAGCGGCAGGGCAUCGCUGGGGAGAAACCUUGGGACACGAGGCCAUCUCCGGCGGCGAACUUCGAUGUCUCGAUUCCUUGCAGGCGGGAGCGCAGCAGUUUUGACGCUGGAGUGGCGGUUUCGAACUCGAGUAGCCGGUUCACCCGGUACGAAACCCCGCCCAGGUCGAGGACGGCCAGUUACUCCCGCACGUCCGGAGGCGGAAGCACACCGGGUGCUAGUCCGGCUCAUCCGACCGCGAUGUCCCGCAGCAAUAGGCGCUCCUAUCAAGACACCUACUACGACGGCGAGUAUACCGAACCAACACCGCGUCGAUUCCGCAGCUACGACGAGUUCAGCCAGGGAAGCGGGGCCAGCCACGACGACUAUCAGAGCAGCGUGCUCGGCGAUGGGAAACUGAACGACGACGAUUGUCCACCUCCUUCGCGUCGACACGCGGUUCAGAGCGUAGUAACCAGCGUGGAUCCACCGGCGCCGCCUCCGCCGCUGUUACCACCUCCGGACAUUAGGCAUCUUCAAAAGGAACGGGUACAUCUACUGGAACAAUUGGAGGAAUGUCACAGCAGCGGCGACGAGGUCGGCUUCGCGCCAAAGAAACGAGUAAAGAUCGAUGGGACGUCCACCGCCCUCUGCGAAGACGACGAACCCGAGAUCGCCUCGUUGCUCGUUUCUUCGCACUCCAGCAGGAAGGGUAUGGAUAUCAGACGAGUCAACGACAGCAAAGUGGUUGUGCAUCAUGGUACGAGGAGAGGAAGCUGCGACGGACGAGGUCCAGCACCUUGCAAGCGUCGUCGCGACGUUACCAGCAGGCAUCACGAACACCACGAUGGUUCGCGUCCGGGAACUCCGCUAGUGGACGAAAGGCCGGAGAACUUGGUGCCUAGCGAGCCAAGGCGGUUUCGCGAGAGAAGUCACGACGGUCCUCUCUCGCUACCGUUACCGAGGUUCGCGGCUCAAAUGCUGAACAACAAUAACAACAACAAUAAUAAUAAUAACAAUAACAAUAACAAUAACAAUAACAACAGCAGUAACAAUAAUAACAACAACAGCGGUAAUAGUAAUAACACCGGUAGCAGCAAUAAUAGUAGUAGCAGUAGUAGUCGGUCGAACAACUCGAGUCUCGCGAAGAUGACCAGUGCAUCUUGUAUCAACCUGUCAACGGCGCCGAGUCCUCGAACGGCACCGCAGCCACCUGCUUCACCACCGCCUCGUCAUCUCAGUCCAAGUCCAACGAGUUCCGACAGCGAAACAGCACCUCAAUCACCUAGUCUCGAAGAAAGGAUACGUUCUCUCGACGAGAAGUACGAGAAAUGGUCAGGAUCGAGGGCGUUAAGCGCUGCCGGAGGCGACGCACUGGCGAAGCUGGACGCCACGGCGUCCGAGAGAUUCAGGUUUCGACACAAGUUGCUUGAUUUGGAUCUGCACGAAGUACAACCAAGCGAUAUCGUCAAGUCGGUUCUUGCCAAGAGAAGCGUGUUCGACGAGGACUCGAAGCGGCUGGAGAACUUCAGCGAGAAGUACGAACCGAGAGAAUUUACCGGCGUAAUCGGUGUCAGUUCGAUGAUCGGUAGUAGCAUGAGCGGCCUCGCGUCUAGCGGCAGUUGCACCAGUAAAGUUUGCUUGCAGUACCCAUUUCCUAGUCAUCCACCGGUACAACUGUCCAGCAGCACCUCUAUGACCGGUCAAAUUGGCAUUGGCACAACGUCAUUAUCGUCGAGUUUAACGUUUACGACGACUAUGUCGUCGACGUUGAAACCUCCGGAUCCACGAACGGUGGUCCAACACAACUGUGUGCACCCGACGCCGACCACUCCGAUCACACCCGGCACGUCGAUCAAGACUGUUAGCCCCGAAUUACCACCGGUUUCUCUACCGAUCGGUCUUGGUAGCGGAACGGCAGCCACCAGCGGCAAUAGUAGCGGUUUAGCGUUAGCGAGUAGUAUUCUUAGCAGCAACGGUAGCGUAAGUAGUAUUCACGCUCUCGGAGCCUCUACCGCCCGAGGAUCGAUCGGUACCAGUGGCUCUUCCGCGUCGGCAUCCGCGUCGGUCACCAUCACAUCAUCGCUCGCUUUCUCGACGACGAUGCCGACGAUGGCGGUUUCCACGACGGUAGCCACCACGUCUGUCUUGACGACAACCCCGAUCACGCAAGCCACGAUCGCGACCACGUUGAACGCCACGUCGGCGGCCUCCUCGUUGUCGUCAGCGUGUUCCCUGUCGAGUAGUCAGUAUCAAACUUCCAUGUCCACAGUCACCUCGAUAAUACUGUCUUCCACGACAUCCUUGUCGAAUACUUCGUCCUCUUCCUUCUCCGUCACCACCGCUUCUUCGUCUUCAUCGUUAUCGUCGUCGCUAUCAUUGUCGUUGUCAUCGUCGACCACCGACGCUUCCCGGUCUCGUUUGAGGAAGGAAGCCGGAGGUUGUAAUCGAGAAAGUCGAGAGUUCCGGGACAGCAAAGACGGCAGGGACUCCAAGUACGGCGGUAAAAGCAAAGAUUGUCAGAGAAAAUCGCGGAAAGAGGAUGCGGACGUUGAGAGAAGUCGCAAGGAUCGGGAGGAGAAGGAUGGGAGUGGCAGCUCGUCUAUGACGAACGACGUUGCCGAUAACGACGGGCACGCGAGGGAGAGAGAGCUGAAGGAGAACAAAGAGAUGCGAUACGAGAGGAAGGAAAGAGAAGAGAAGGAACGAAGGGAGAAAGAGGAUCGCGAGAGGCUGGAGAGAAGAGAGAAGGAUGAUCGCGAUAGGCAGGAGCGGAAGGAACGCGAAGAACGACGAGAGAAGGACGAGGAAAGACGAGAAAGGGAGAGAUUGGACAAAGAACGACAGGAGAAGGACAGGCGGGAGAGAGAGGAGAGAGAACGGGAAAGAAAGGAAAGGGAGGAGAACGAGGUAAAGGAGAAAGAGAGGAGGGAGAAGGAAAGAUUAGAACGCGAAAAGAGAGAGCGGGAGGAACGAGAACGCCAGGAACGUCGGGAGAGGGAAGAACGAGAAAGGAGGGAGCGAGAAGAUCGUGAGAGGAAAGAACGGGAACUUCGCUUGGAGCGGGAAAAGCAGGAGAAAGAACGGUUAAGGAAGGAAAGGGAAGAUCAAGAGAGGCGGGAAAAGGAAGAGCGAGACAGAUUGGAACGAGAAAGGAGGCGAGAGGAGAAGGAACGCGUCGAGAGGGAGAGGAAGCGUGAAAGAGAGGAGAAGGAGCGGCUGGAUAGGGAACGACGGAAAGAGAAAGAGGAACGAGAACGGGCGGAGAAGGAGAAACGCGAGAAGGAAGAGAGAGAAAGGAUCGAACGGGAUAAGCACGAUCGAGAAAAAAGGAGAGAACGCGAGGAUCAGGAAAGGCGGGAAAAGGAAAAGGAGAAAAGAAGAGACAGAGAGGAGAAAGACAAGGAAAGGCGAGAUCGCGAGGAGAGCAAACGACAACCCACCGAGAAUCAUCUUCAUCAGUCCAUUUCCCAGUCUCAAAAUCAAAUUUCCGCCGGGCCGGUGUCUAUCAAGCGACGAUGCUCGUCGCAGGAUGGCCCGACCGAGGAUGACGCCAAACGCUUGAAGAUCUCCGAGCACAGGAGGGACAGCAAAGACCGGCCUAGACAGAAUAGAAGGUCCGAGGAUCGAAAACAUAGGAACGAUUCUCACAGAUCCAGUCGCGAAAGUAGGGAGAGUCGAGAUGGAAAGGAGGGUAGCAGUGGUAAUGUAUUCACACACGUUCAAGACACCAGGGAGCAAUCUCACUCGACCGAGAUGAGCAGAGAGUCGACCAGGGAGAACCGAGAGAACAACCGCGAAGGUGGAGGAAAAGAGAAGCAGCGAAGCAAGAGGAAUCGAUCCGAGAAGGAGUCCAGGGAGCGGAGUCCAAGAGUGUCCCACGAGUCGGACAAAGAGUUCCUAUCGAGGCUGGAUCUUUCAAAGCGCAACGACUCAAAUUCGCCGAGCGAACAGACCGCGAUUGGUUCGAAUCAUUCGCGAGAGAUGCAACAGCAGCACCAGCAUCACCAACACCAGCACCAACACCAUCACCAACAGUCUUCCUUGAAUCUACACAGUGACGUGGACGACGGUCCUUUAUCGACGCCCGAUAUUCAGGUAGCCAGGCAUCCAUCCGCUACGGACACGGACAGUGACGAACCUAAGAAGCACUCCAUCUUCGAUAUCGUUGACGACGAGCCCGCAUACAUCAGUAUGUAUGACAAAGUGAAGGCACGCUCGACCAAGAACAUGCAGAAACUCGAAGAGGAGAAACGGCAAGUACGACUUAAGGACAAAUUUUCACAACUGAAGCAGAGUCGAGCGAGGCGGGAGGAGAAAAAGCAGAGUACAUCGUGGGACGGAGACUCGGUGUCCAGCAAGGCUUUGACGGAAGACGAGGCCACCUCGGAAUCUGACUCGGCCAGAGCCAAGUCUUUGUCCAGAAAAAGUUCUCGAUCUCGAAUUCACUCCGACACCAGCGAGGAAGAGGAGGCAUCGUCGUUCAACAACAAGAUUCGCAAGGUCGUCAAGACAGAGAGGUUCUUGGAAAGCGACGUCGAUCUCGGAUUCGCUGAUACAGAGGAGAAGCACAACUCCAUGGAGACGACGAACGUGGUAGUCGUGAACAGUGUCGUUCACUCGAACGUGAAAGAAGAACCGCGUACCUCGGACGAUGACGAACGGAUCCCGGUGUCAUUCAGCCGUGGUAGCCAACCGGCAAUCGUAGUUAACAAUCAUGAGAGGGAUUCGUCGCGGAAAAAGUCACACAAGAAGAAACAGAAGCGGCAAAAGAACUCGAUGUCGACCGAAGACAGCCUAAGCAAGACCGAGUCUUCGGACAUUGUCGAGCAUAAAGCCAAAUCGAACAUCGUGACGAGUAACGCGGCGGCGACGGCGGAUUGUCGACCCAAUCAUGCGACCGAGUCCGUCAACGCAUCCACGACUGUCGUCACGUCUGUUACCACGACGGUUUUGGAAACGACAGAAGAAAGGAUACGAUCGGACAAGAAGCAACGGAACAAGAAAGAUAAGCGGAGAGAUAGGAACGCAGAUGAAAAAGCGAAGGCACGAAGAAAGAGGCUCAACAGACAGGAAGCUAGAGAUUCGCAACGCAUGGAAGAUAUAUUUGGUCCGUUGUCAGACGACGUCGACGACGCUCCGUCGAACAAUGCGCUCUUCGACCGGUUGGCCAAUAACACCUAUGCUUCGGACAGCGACGGUGGCCACAGUCCGGUGAUGGACGUGGAACGAGUCAGGCGAAAGGCGGAGAAGAAGCGUCGUCAUCAAACAGAGGACGAAAACAGCGUGGACUUGGCCGAGGCGGGACGGGAAAUCGAGGCGAAGCUCUUGGGGCUACCGAGCUCACCGAAAUCGGCCGUUGCGUGCACGGAGAGUAACGACCAUGACGUUUUCCGAUUCACUGACGACAACGACAGCAUCGAACCAUGCGCACCGUCUGCCACCAUUCCGGAGAAGAUCAAGGAAAAGAAGAAGAAGAGGAAAAAGUCAAAGGAAGAGCGGAGUCGGAAGGAUUACCAUCAUCACCACCACCACCAUCAUCACCAUCACGAGAAGAGCGGCGAGUUGCCCUACCUGGGGGCGGAUCCUAGUCCCCCGAGAGCAAGUAGCCCGUUGAUUGCCAAGACGAUGUCACCUACUCUGCCUACAUCUAGAGAUGCUUUGUUGAGUCCCAUUCCCAAGGUUUCGUCCAACACCUGCGUGUCAUCGACGACAGUACCAUCGUCGAUGAGUCCUCCAUCGAGCGGCGGUAUUCAAUCAGGUGGGAAGCCAGAGAAGAAGAAGGACAAGUUCAUCCCAGGCUUCGGUAUCGAGAUCGACGAGACUAUUCACGAAAACGCGGUGAAGAGUAUUUCGGAACCGGAAGAACGUGAAAGCAGGGAGGAGUCGGAAGUGAAUGCAUCGACCACGCCGCCCACACAAACCGAGGAUAAGCCACGAGUCGCGAUCUCUCAGGAGGAAACCGAAGACGCUGUGGCUGCUCUGCUGGAGGAAACAUUCGGAGUAUCGACGGAAGACUUUUCGUACGAAGGUGAAGAGGAAGACGCGGAAACGGAAGACGCGGUCGGAGCCCCGGCCGAGGCGCCUCAAGAGGACGUCGAGGAGAUGCAGCAGGCCGUCGAAAGUUUGAACGCCUCUACGGCGGAGGGAGAGACGGAUAUGAAGCCAGACACUCCUCAGAGCGAGCACGACUUGCAGAUAGAUACGGAUACGGAGGAAGAUCCGAACUACGAGACGUUCGAUUUGAGCCAACCACCGAAAACGCCAGACAUUCCAUCGUACUACAAAUCACCUACCAAGACUCCCGCCGCCGUCACUACCGUCGUCGCGCCUUCCGUACCUGCGGCGGAAAAGACCAUCGAGGCGCGCAGAUCGUCCGUACCAACGAAACCACCGAGUCCACCGAUCUCCAUGAUCGCUCAUUCCUGGAAUGUGAACGAGAAGCCGCGAGAGGUGGUUAAGACUGUGCAAGCGGCCGAGAAUGUCGACGAAACCAACGUUACAGCAACCAGUCCGGAGAGAAUGAACAACUCUCAGGCGCGUCGCGCUUCGGUCUCGCCACCCCCGCAGUACAAGCAACCUGUGUUAGGUCCUUGCAGCGUGCCGAUCACCAGUGAAACGCCUAGAAUAGCCGCGACUAGUCCUAGACCGUCGGUGCCACAGCCACCGUCAACGCCGCCAUCCAUCGGCGUGCAGUCCCUUUACCAAAAGCUCCCUGUGUCACCACAGUCACAGAUGGUCUCACCCAUGCGACAAACUUCUCCCAGAAUGCAAAACAUCCCCGCGGUUUCAACCUCAGCCUCCUCGAACCAAACUCCACCGUUGCCACCACCGUUGGUUCCAUCCAGAAUGCCACCUUUGGUUCCCUCGCAACUGUCGCCGAGAAUAUUGCAGCCACUUUCACCUAACGGUCAAUGGUCUCGAAACUCCGCCCUCAGUCCUCACGUACCGAGUGUCGCUAAACCGUCACCACCACCAGCCAGGAUCGUGGUGAGCAGCGUACCCGUCUCCGCUCACAGGCCGGACACACCGACGCAACAGAUAUAUUCUACAGCUGCUACUCAGCAGCCGGUUAUUCAACACGCUCCAGGCAUGAGAGCUCUAGCACCUAGUCAUCCUAGAGGUGGAUUACCGCCGUUGACGCUGAAUAUUCCACACCGUCCUUACAUGCCCGUACCACCUUUGGCUCCGGGUGGCGUACAAGUCAAGAGCUCUAGGGAUUCGGCUCUCGGCGGCAAAUCUCUGAUCGAAACGUUGCUUCCGGUAAAUCCUAACGAGCCUCCGCAACGUCUAGAGGAACCGAAAUUAUCACCAGCCGUUAUUCCAGAACCAACGAACAAGGCUUCUACUUCUCCGAAGGUUCCUUCGCCGAACCAGCCGCCCACGUAUAUCCCUGAAACGGCCAAGAUCGAAAUCAACGCUAGCACGUCCAGCUUGGUAUUCGGCAAACCAACCAGCAUCCCGGAAACAUGCUCCUUGUCAUCCAGAAGUCAGAAACAAAUUCCAGGCUCCAUUACCACGGACAACAAUUUAUUGUCCCCUAGGCAGAAGCAAGAGAUAUCGAGUCUUCAGCUUUUGACCACGCACGUGCCACGUACCUCCACACCUAGUCCCGUGAUAGUCACUCACGGGCAGCCUCACCUAGUCCACAAGUCCAUGGUGCACACCAUCGGAGCGUCCACUGUUUCGUCAGCGAAUCAACCACUGAUCAAGACCGUUGUACCCAUGCCAGUUUGUCAGCAGCAGCAACAACAACAACAACAACAGCAACAGCAGCAGCAGCAGCAGCAGCAGCAGCAGCAGCAGCAGCAGCAGCAACAACAACAGCAGCAGCAGCAGCAGCAGCAACAGCAGCAGCAGCAGCAGCAGCAACAACAACAGCAGCAGCAGCAGCAACAACAACAACAACAUCAACAUCAACAGCAGCAACAUCAACAGCAGCAACAUCAACAGCAGCAACAUCAACAGCAGCAACAUCAACAGCAGCAACAUCAACAGCAGCAACAGCAACAGCAGCAACAACAACAGAUCUCAUCAAGUGUAACAGUUUCUAUGCCUGAGGACAAAUGCGUCGUCACACAAACGUCACUUUCGUCUCUAAACAGCAGCCAAAGGCAUUCUCCGGUUCUGCAAUCCAGUCAUCUCUCUAAACCUCACCUCCCAUUGGUAUCUACAGUCCCGCAAGCCAUCGUCUCCAGAACGACGACGACGGUACCUUCCACGGUUCCGUCUUCCGUUCCCGCUGAACAGAACACCACCGAGUGCGUGCUAGAGUCGCGGCUACCACCAGAACAGGAGCUCCAGGUCGAUCCCGAUGCACAGAUGGCACAAACGGCUCAGCCUAUGCAACUUACUCCGCCCAUACAAUCCACACAACCGAUUGAUGUUAUAAAAGAGGAACCAUCCGAUAUCCUGAAGCACGAGGAUACCACCGCGAUCAAGGAGGAAUUCUCGAACAGUGAGUCCGAGCAACCAUUGAAUCAGCCAUUGAAUGUACCCGACAACGCGGUGGAAGCAAAAUCUCCAAAGGUCGAGCAACAACUGGAUCAGAUCAAGUCGGAGAAGCUAUUAUGUACGUCAAAGUCCGAAUCCAACGACGGCGAUCGUCUCGUUCCUAAAAUGAUGGAAGUCGAAAUCAAGACGGAACCCAUGAACUCCGAAGUCAAAGAAGAAGAGGAAGAGGAGGAAGAGGAGGAGGAGGAGGAAGACGAAAUUCCUAAGGAGAACGAGGAAGCGGACAUGGAGGAAGAAGCAGCGGAGGAUCUACUGAAAGAGCCGUGCACGGAUCCGCUCGCGAUAGAUGCGUCCAAGGAGGAUCCGGCUGACAGUAAAGAAGAUAGCGACUAUUGGUCUGCGAAGGAAGUAAACAUCGAGAGUGUGAUAAAGAAGGUAGACGCGUUGUGCGAUGGCGAGGGCAACGACGAUGGUGACAAGGAAACGGCACAGCACGGUCAAAGCGUUACCAAUGAGACACAAGAACAGCAACCAAAGAGCAACGAGUCUGAAUGGUUUAACCGCGCCGAGGUAACUGAGCACGAGACCAAGAAGAACUUCGUCGCGAUCAACGAGGACCAGGACGAGGGAGUUGAGACGUGCGAAAGCGAGUCGACAAAGAGUCGGCGUGGUCGAACCAAGAGUAGACGAGGAUUCGGUAGCCGCGGCGGUGUGACCACCAGACGAAGCAGCAGAAACACAACCACCACCGUUGUGCAUAAACGAGGAGCGAGGACUUCCAGGGGAAGCAAACAUCACGUGGAGAAGAACAAGCUGCCGGCAGACGUUUACGAGUUCCACGACGAUAGCGAGGAAGAUAAUGCUGGACGGCCGCGAUUGAUUCUCACGAUCAAGUCACCAGUGCCGAGUCUGACUGGUCCGAACGCGCAACCAGCGACGCCUAUAGCCGCUGUGAAAGAAGUGCCGCCGGAGGAAUUCGUCCCUCCAGCAGCGAACACCAGAAAGUCCAGGAGACUGGCCGAGAGAGAUGGAAGUAGAAACACGAUCGACGACGUGAUCGAAGACGUCGUGCGUGGCUCCGCGAUGAACAAGGGAAUGCUAGGAGGAUCUAUUGGAGGAAGCGUUCACGCCACCAGACGAAGCACUAGACACAACAACUCUUCUCGUAACGUUCAAAACACGGUGCAACAACUGACCGAACCUAGAAAGUCACCGCGAGGUAUUCGCAGCAAAUUGGUACGGAGAACUUCGGAAAAUGAUGACGAGGAGGAAUAUCGAGAAAUGAUAAAGAUAAAGGAGACACCUGCGGCGCCGCAGCAGGAACUCCAGAACAAAGAAGAGAGCGUCGUUUCACUUCGGGACGAGACCACGCCGAAGCCCGAAGAAACGAUUCAGCAGCAGCCUGCAGCUGCGCCGUCACCCACGCACAAACCGGUAUCUCAUGAACCGAUGACGCUGAUAGAUCCAGUCACUGGCAUGUUGAUACCGAUGAGAGAGUCGGAGGAAGGUCAAUACAUUCCUGUUUCCACCACUUCUGGACAGAUGCAGGCGGUGAGCAGAGUCACGUGCGAUUCGAGAAACACACCGGCUGGUUUGGUGAACGCCGUGGUCGUUGCGCCCAAUACAACCGAGACGUUGCGACCGAAACAGCCGCAGCCGGAGAAUUUAACCGUGUCCGAAGAACUUAAGAAGGAAUCAACCCCGGAACCGCUUCAGCAAAAUCAACAGAUCCAACCACAGACUAGCGUUAUCACGAAACCACAAUCUCCGGUUGUUCACCAAGUCACCUCCGCAGUCAGCAUGGUUCAGCCAGCACCAACGAUUUCCAACACAGUUACCUCUAUAGCUACGACGGUGGUAACUAUUCCACAGACUACAUCCACUUGUUCCACCCCGACGAAACCCACGAGUCUCAAGGCUCACGUCUUGAACGCCAGCAAGCUGGCUACACCGGCGCAACCCCAGCAGCAAGUGGUCAUUACCAAACCGACGGCCUCCGGCGUGGCUAGUCAACCGCCAUCGGUGGUGCAGCAGCCACCAAAUCUCGUAAAAUCAACGCAGGCCGUGCAAGCUUUGCAUCUUCAAGUUUCUAGCAACAGAGUAUCGUCGCCGAGCUUAAGUCCACGUGCUAAACAGCCGGUAGCGCAGAUUGCUGCUGCGAAUGGAAAAGGUCAAGGACAACCCAUGUCUCCGGUACUGAACAAUACUGGUGCUCCACCGAAUCCUAAGCAGCAUCUUCUGCAGGCGGCAAAACAGCAGACACCCACGAUAGUAAAUCUUCCACAGAAAUUAGCUAUGAACGUCCAACCAGCUAGCGUAACUACGACACCGACAUCGAGAAUUCAUCAACCUAUCUCGCAAUCAACGGCAUUAAAAGGCAUCAACGGACAGCCGCAUCCUCUGAAUCCGAAGGCUCAUUUGCUGCAGGCUGUGGUACCACCUAUCGUCGCAGGUGUGGUGGCUAGCCCACCCACUCAAUCUCACCUGAUAAAUCCGCAGCCCGCUAGCGUCAGCUGCUCGAGACCUCCAGCGCCAAAACCACCACCGGUAACGGGAACGAUGGAGCCACCGAAAGUAGAAGUGUCGAUGUCCGGCUGUAUUAUGGUCCCAACGCCGAGUCCUCAGGCACGGGGCGUUUCAAUAUCAACGUACGAAGGAGGACCCCUGCAUGGGAGUGUGGGUGCUACUCCAUCACCAGGGGGUCAAUAUGGACUUGUCCCCCCACAUCGAUCCCAGAGUCCUCCAUUGCCCCCACCUGCCCAUCAUCAUGCUAAUGCUUCUCAGGGUGACGUUGUCAAUCACUACGGCGGACUGACCAGAGGCGGCGAGCUCCCACCUCACUACAUGCACCCACAAAUGCUGCAGUAUCAGUAUUUGCGUGCACAACAGGAGGCUGCUUUAACAGCUCCGCGCAUAGCUUACCACAUUCAAGAGACUCGAUCUCCUCAUCUACCUUUAGAUCCUAAACUCGAAACAGGAAUAGAAGAUAGCCACAGUCCACCGUUGGAAUUGAGACGUAGUACACGAACGCCGCACGAUCGUACUACCGAUAGUCCUCAAGUAGCUCAAGUGUACAUGAUGCACGGAGCAGUGAGAUUACCUCCACCACCGCCACCGCAAUAUAACACGGGCAGUAAUCCAUCGUUGACUGGGGCGCCAGCAGCAGCUGCCAGAGGCGGUUUUUACGAACCUCCACCGGCGCAUCUGCGAUCUCAGUAUCCUAUUGCUGCAAGCGAGGCGCCAAGCGACAGAGCCAUCACCCCCGAUAGGCCUAGAAAACACCAAGUGGUUACCCCACCUCAUGCUUCUCAAGUGCCACCGCAAGCAGAUUCAUUCCAGAUGUUGUUGCAACGUUACCCGGUUAUGUGGCAGGGACUGUUGGCUCUUAAAAACGAUCAAGCAGCGGUGCAGAUGCAUUUUGUUUUCGGUAAUCCCAAUGUGGCCAGGGACAGUUUACCAUGUAACAGCGAUGGAUCUACUCCUCCACUGAGAAUCGCACAAAGAAUGAGACUGGAACAAACUCAGGUCGAAGGAGUAGCAAGGAAGAUGCAGAUGGAUAACGAACACUGCAUGCUCCUUGCGCUUCCUUGUGGCCGAGACGAAGUAGACGUAUUGCAACAAAGUAAGAAUCUUCAAACCGGAUUUAUAAUGUAUUUACAACAAAAACAGGCCGCUGGAAUUGUCAAUAUCGCUGCACCAGGAUCGCAACAACCUGCAUACGUAGUUCACAUUUUCCCGUCAUGUGAUUUCGCAAACGAGAGCCUAGCGCGAAUCGCACCGGAUUUAUUGCAUCGUGUCGCAAAGAUCGCCCAUUUGCUCAUCGUGAUCGCCACGGUUUGAGGCCAACCAGUGGUCUAUUGGAUUACAAUAUACCUAUACUUCUCGCCUUCACGCACUUGUAGGACGCUUCGAACGUGGCAUGAAGCCUGGAGUGUCCUCGUAACGAGGUGCAGUAUCGCAUGACAAACGAUGACAAAUGAAUGAAGAAUAUUUCCGAGGGAGCGAAGAAGAUUUCUCCUGCGGAGUUAUAUCAGUGACAAUCAAACGGAUUCUUCGGCAGAUCGUUCAGAUUUCCUAGAUCGUAGGCCUAAAACGUAGGUACGGGGUUGUGUAGCGUAGAGAGGCUAGCACGGUCAAUGUGCGAACAUCACCGAGCGUGCCUUUCUUCCCCGGUUUAUUUCGCAAUGGCGAGUUUCAUUCCUCCUCGAUGAAGUGGCUCGCGGUACCACUCGUCUAACUGACGACGUUUGUGAGAUCGACCGACGUCACUCUUGGUCUUUCUGACAAGCGGGUCAGGCACAACCCCAGCCCUUAGUGAAGACCUUCGAUUGAUAAAAACCACGCGAUGUCCUCACUGUGGAAGAACAAGGAAAGGGGAGGAAAGAAGAAAGAAAAGAUUUAAAGGAGCGAAAGAUAGAGAUAAAACGAAGGAACAAAAACUCACACGCGUCCCUCCUCUAGGAAAACAGUAAAAUAAUAUACCUACCGUUGCUCUAGAUGGACAGUCGAUUUCGUAAGUAAGAGAAUAGAGGAAGAAGAUUAAAAAAAACUAACGUACCCCCUACCAUUAUAAUACACGAGCUAUUUUAAGUAAGGCUUAGAUAUUAAUGAUACUGUAUAAAUUAUAAGCGAGCCAGCGAGGGCAUAACUACUGUGAUUUUAAUUAUUUAACGAUAUAUAUCUGCGUAAAGACGAUGAAAACAAAAAAGUAAAAACAUUAUAAGAUGGUGACCGAUUCUGGUCCACGCGGUAUGUGAUGUGUUUUUUGUAUAAUACUGCUCUAUAUAAAUACCUAUGUAUUAUAUUAACUGUAACAAUAGUUGCUGCUGCCGCUGUUGCUGCUGCCGCUCGUGUCGAACUAGAAAGUAAAGUUACGAUUUAGACCUCUAGUGAAGAAACGUGGGAAAAAACUACCUAAAAUAGUCUUUAUUCCUAGUGUAAUAUAAUUUCCAAUAGCAGGAUGUAUCAUAUUAUUAUCAUUAUUAUCAUCUUAGCGCUAUGUAUAUUAUAAAAAAUUUUUAAUAUUCUUAUUUCGGUCCUUUAUUAUUAUUAUAAUUAUAAUUAUAAUUAUAAUUAUCAUCAUUAUUAUUAUUAUGACUAUUAUAAAAUAAUAUUAAUAAUAUUAAUAUAUAUAUUAUAUUAUAUAUAUAUAUAUAUGUAAUAUUAUUAAUUUUAUUAUUAUCUUUAUCAUUAUUGCUAUCAUCAUCAUCAUUAGUAUGGCUAUCAUUAUUAUUAUAUUAUCAUUAUUAUUAUUGUCAUUAUUAUGUUAUUAUUACUUAUUAUUAAUUACUACUACUACCACUACUACUGCUACUACUAUUACUACUAUACUAUUAUCACCACUAUUACUACUAUUAUUAUUACCACUACUCUACUAUUACUAUUAUCGCUGCUAUCAAUUAUUAUUAACGUUAUUACAUCAGGCUAGUUAGAACGUACCAAUCAGCACAUAAAAAAAAACAAAGGUAAGGGGCUUAAAAGUAUGUCAUAUUGGAUGAACAGGAUACAGUAUGACCGAUCUCAUUGACCACUGACGUCGCCCCAUUCUGUGUACACUUCCAUCCCCAUUUCUCUUAUACUUUGUCGCCUUUUGCGCGAUGUGUCAUAGACUCUUUAGCAAUCGUAUCGAGGAUAAUAAUGCGCUUACGUGUAUAGACCAGAAGUUAUAUUAUAUCACACGAAGCCGUGGAUGAAAAAAAAAACAUUAUUAAAUAAUAUAAAGAAACUUACCUAUUUACGAUAUUAUUGCUGCUGCGCGUAGGGCGCAUGCCUCUAGAAAAUAACCUUAUGGAAAAGUAUUAUGGUCAAAACAUACGUUAUAUUCCUGUCACCCGUGUUCAAUUGACUCGAAAUAUCGAUCGUUCUAUAAAUCGAUUAUCUCGUUUUUCAUGUAACCUCUAUUUUCUUUACUACUCUGAAUAAUCGCGCAAUCACUGAUCCGACGACUCGGUAUGGUUUUUUCUUUUUCCUUUUUCUUUUUUUUUUUUUUUUUUUUAUCUAUCGGACGUCGAAUACAUCGAUACUAUGUAUAUUAUAUUAUAUUAUAAUAUAACUUCGAUUAUUAUACGAUUGAUUUUAACGCUCUUAAUACGAACGAAACGAAAGUGUAUACGCAUUAUACGAACUAUAAACGAUGGUGUGUUGACGAUCCCUAAAGGAAGCGCGAUUAAUUUAAGGCAACGCGGAUACUCGUGGAGCGUAUGCAUGUACAGUGUAAAAGAUGCGUUGUGCAUAUGUACAGUGUAGAGGUGUAAGUGAGCGUGCGAGACGCCGAGUUUAAAGAAAGCAUAUAUUACAGCUACGGUUAAGUAUACAUAAUAGGACGCGAACAAGACGCUCACGUCGCGGUAUAUUUCAUUCGUUUUUAUGAUAAAAAUCGCGCCUUCUUUUUUCUCUGUUUCUCCGUCCUUCUUCCUCUCUCUCUUUCUUUUUCCGUUCAUUCCUCGUUUGUCCUCUUUUUCGAUACUUUUCCACUCUUCGCCGAGAUCGUUUUAUAUAUAUAGGAAAUUCAAGUUCCCGCGACGCGUGUGUCUACGUCGUGUCUUAUCUAUCUUGUAAAAUAUCUGUGAAUAUUAUGAUUUAGUUUCUUCCUAUUAUAGGCUACUGGUAUACAAAAAAGUUUAUGUUACUAUUUACUUAAGAGAAAGAAAUGUACAGAUAUCCACCAUUUUUUGUUUUGUGUUUUACUGUAGUUAUUGAUAAUUAUAUGGAUAUUAACGAUAAUAAUAACUAUGAUUAAAAAACUUGA